ACGGAGGAGCUGGACGGAGCGCUGUGAAAGCUCAGUCGUCACGUUUGGCAAGUCAGAGAAUGCCGCGGCAAGCAAUGGCGCCCCAUCAUUUAAGCUUUGUCUCACCGAGGGGUUUCAUUUUCAGUCUUAAAACAUAAAUGCAGUCCAUUCUAGAGAUCCUCCAAAAAUGCCAGCGGGAGUGAAUGCGCAAGCUGCCGGGAUCCAUAUGUCCGAUGCUAUGGGGUCUUUCAAGAGGAGGAAGAGGAAGUCCAUCACUGUGACUGCGAUGUUGUUUGUAGUGUCCAUACUUAUUCUGGUCUUUGGUUUGGCUGCCACCACAAGGACACAGAACAUCACGGUUGGAGGCUACUAUCCUGGAGUGAUUCUUCAGACCCUCCAGAAAGCUAAGAAGACAACAAAAGUUGUUGAAAAACUCGGUUUCGGCUCUUUUCUCGGAAUCAUUGGGGCUCAUUUAAUAGAGAAUAAGAGGCAGAUGCUGGUAGCUUCCAUUGUCUUCAUCAGCUUUGGUGUGGUGGCUUCGUUCUGUUGCGCUAUAGUGGAUGGCAUUUUUGCUGCGAGACACAUAGGGUGUAUCUUCAUCCCACAGGACCUCCGACCUGUUUAUGCUGGUCGAUGUGAAUACUACUCCAGUGUAACAGCCUUUGAUGUGGAUGUUCACUGCCAGACAGCAUCACGUGUGCCAUGUAAUCUGCGUGUGAAGAGUAGGACAUGCUACUGCUGCGACCUCUACAAUUGUGGAAAAGAGCAUCCUCUUUUGGGACUUCAGAAUAAAGAUGUUUUGAAAAAAUUUAGGAAAUCAUCCAUGAAUUGGAACCAUGUUGAUCCCAGAGGAGGCUACCACGAGUACACAGAAGUGCACAGUUGCCAGGACGUCGUGUACCUUUACCACCUGUUGUGGUCUGCGACCAUUCUCAACAUCAUCGCGUUCUUCCUGGGUAUCAUCACAGCAGCAGUGCUUGGAACCUUCAAGGACAUGGUGCCAACUGCUGCCACUGACACAUGUGAACCAGAUUCCCACGCCACCACAGCGGCCCCUCAGACUCGCACCAGAACCACCUCCAACUCUUUCUACAACACUGCCCCCUGCCUGCCACCUUAUACUGCCUAUGACCUCCAGGGCUCCAACAUGUUCCCGGACGCUUCUGGCCUAUCUGAUGACUCACAGUCUGGAGCCAGUCACAUGUGGCCCACAAUGAUCCCUCCACGCUAUUCUCCUCCUUAUUAUCCACCUGACGAUAAACCUCCGCCAUACAGUCCUUAAAGAAUGCCAAAAUCGUGGUCACAUUGACAAUAUGCUCUAGUAUUUGAGAGGUACAUGGGCAUGCAUACAUUUUAAAAAAGUUCCUGCUCUUGUGGACGAUCACUACACGGGCAAGUCCUGCUACGAUGUGAUAUCUGCUGAAUAGAAUCAGAUCACCGCUGCAGUGGAGAACCUGAAGGUUAAUCUACGCAGUGGGAUUUCUACAGUUUAGGUUCACUAGGCAGCCUCACGACUUCAUGCUUUAACCAACAGCAAGACUGUUCACAGAUAUGCCUUAAAAGUGUCAUUAUGCUCAUGUCAUGAGUGUUUUCUGUGGACACAGUGACUCUGAUUUUGUCUCACUUUAGCCGAAGAGGGAUGAGGAAUCUUGUAUGUCUGUCUGUAUUGUCUUGUUCAUUUGCACUUUAUUUGUACCUGAAUAUAACUGUAAGACAUCCAACUACA